AUGUCUCAGAUUGCCUUACGAGAUGCAACCUAUUUUGAACUCCCAGAAGUCGCUCGUGUCAUGUCAAAGGCGUUUUGGAAUGACAAUCUCUUCGGCGAUCUGAUCCAUCCUCAUCGAGAAAAAUACCCAGAUGAUCCAGAUCUUUACUGGCUACGGCGGGCGCGUGUCAGCUUCUGGGAUUACCGCUGGCGAUGUAUCGUUGCGAUGGCCAAGAAUAAAAGCGGGAAGGAUGUCAUUGCUGGCAUUGCGCAGUGGGAACGCUUGGGAGACGGAGGAAAGAAACUCGAAUGCUCAUAUCUUGAUCCCCGAAAUCUCCUCAAACCGCUAUCAUCACUCGCUAUGAAUAUGCAUGCCCGAAUCUGGCCCAACCGAGCCGCUGACCCGGAAAACGAAGACAUCAUCGAGCGGACGUACCCAUACUUUGAACACAUCUGGAGUGGCAAGCGAGCUGAGUCCUGGUACCUUUCGGCAUUAGCAGUGCAUCCGGAUUUUCAGGGAAAAGGGGUGGGUAAGAGACUGGCGCAAUGGGGAAUUGAGAAGGCGCAGGCUGAAGGCGUUUGCGCUUCGUUGGUUGCUGCUCACGGAACGGAUGAAUUCUAUGUGAAACUUGGGUUUGAUGAGCAGUUUGGAAGAGCUGGAGAUGCGGAAGGUAAUCCGUUGGCUGAUGUUGAGGGGUCGAACAUGUAUUGGUACUGGCCUCGGACCUAG